AUGGCAGCUGCUCUCGUCAGCUUUAUCCUCACCCAAAGCAUCUAUGCUGCACCUGAUGCACCUCAGAUCUGUCAACAUCCCCCACCCAACAACAGUACAGCUCUCUCCAUAAAUUACUCGGAUGCUUGUAACGAUCUACGCACCUGUCAGACUAUGUGGAGCAUGGUGUACAGUUGCCUCCUUACGAUAUUCGCUUGCGUCUGGACAGCCAUGCAUCCAGGAGUGCCUAAGCAGUAUUCGGCUUGGUCGCCCCAAACCGGUUCCCGCCGCACUCAAAUGAUUUUGACGUUAGUUUUGCCGGAGAUGAUUGUUGCGGCUGCAUGGGAAGACUUCUCCAUGGCUCGGAGAAUGUCAAAAAAGUGUGCUGGAAUUAAAGGAUGGACACUCACCCAUUCAUAUUUUGUUAACAUGGGUGGCUUCUUCGACUAUUUCACACAAGAGGUAGUGGAGCCAGAUGGAAACGAAGAUCCUUGUACUCUGUUUGAGAAAUACCCCGGCAUAAUCCACAAGUCGGGAGACGAUAGAAAGGUUGCAAUAACAAGGGAACAGAUCCUCGACAGAAGUAAAGGCGACUUUCUUGCAAAGUCAGUUGUCGUGCUCCAGUUACUGUGGUUCACCACUCAGUAUGCUGGACGGUGGGCAAGUCAUCUACCCAGGUCACAACUGGAAACGAUGACUCUUGCCUAUGCGGCACUUAGUAUCCUCAUCUAUGCUCUGUGGUGGCAUAAACCGCUGGAUGUCCAUUUCCCAAUCCCUGUAACGGAGGAGACUCACCCCGAUCCCCAAAAUUCCGAAGCCAUCGCUGAUCAAGUGAUGCCUAAAAUGGAGAACGCGUCCAAUCCGACUUCCCCUCCAGCGGAGACUCUAGAGACAACUUCCUUAUGGAUACUCGCAGUCACUGGUAUCAUUUUUGGUGGUAUUCAUUGCCUCGCGUGGUCAUUUCCAUUUCCGACGCGUGCGGAGAAACUUUUGUGGCGCAUAUCUGCGAUAAUUAUUACUCUGGGCCCUGGCUCUUUAGCGUGGAGCUACGUAAGACAGGAAUACGCUGAAGAUAUAAUUGGAUUCUUUGGAGGUCUCCCCCUGGCUCUUUAUCCUUUUGCUCGGAUUAUCCUGUUCACUCUCACGUUUACGUCCUUGCGGUCUCCGCCCCCCACUCUUUACCGAACUAUAUCCUGGACAUCUUUCAUACCCCACCUAGGAUGA